AUGGUUUUCGGACAUUUAACUGCCUACUUUAUUGAUAAAUAUUUGGGAGAUUAUAUCGAGAAUUUAGAUUCCAAACAGCUCAAAAUUGACUUAUGGAACGGCGAUGUUGUUCUGAAAGAUUUGUCUCUGAAACCAAAUGCACUUGCCAAUUUCAAUCUUCCAGUUACGGUGGCUGCUGGUCACUUACACAAAUUGUCACUUCACAUUCCAUGGAAACAUUUAUACAUACAUCCAACCACGAUCACUAUCGAUGGUGUCUAUCUACUUCUUACACCUAAAACUGAUGUUCAAUAUGAUCCUGAACGACAUGAACAAAGUCAAUACGAAUCAAAAAUGAAAGAAGUACAUAAAAUCGAACAAUUUCGCAAAGAAAAAGAAGAAUAUGAAAAUUCCAGAACAAUCUCGAAACACAAAGAUACAUUCUUGGAACGAUUACAAAUGCAUAUUCUUCGUAAUCUGGAAUUUUCCAUUAGCAAUAUUCAUAUUGCUUUUGAAGAUAAAACAACUAAACCUGAACAUCCAUAUUCAUUUGGUAUAACACUGAACUAUAUCAAACUUUUCACAACAAAUACUGAAUGGGAGCCUGUCAUAUCGGAAGAAGACUCACCAAUUAUGUACAAGUUUGGUGAAAUGAGUACAUUAUCGAUUUAUUGGAAUUCAAAUGUCCAAACUCAAUCAGACUUACCACAAGAGGACAUUGUCGAUAUAUUACAAGAAAAUAUUGACCAGAAUGAACAAAGAGUAUCCGGUGAAAUGGCUUACAUUCUGAGACCAUUGAAUAUCCAAGUAAAAUUGAAAAUUUCUUUAGCACCUAGUGAACAAGAAUAUGUUCGACCAGUUUUCGAUGCUAAAAUCGAUUUGGAACAGAUUAGUUUAAAUAUCAAUCGUAAUCAGUAUUCGGAUCUACUCGAUCUAUUGGAAUUUCAAGAUCGUCUUAAUUUAAAAUCAAAAUAUAUUAAAUAUCAUACCAUGAUCGACAAUGCUUCUAUUUUAAAGCCAAGUUUACGACGAUGGAAAUUUGCUUAUGCGGCAAUUUUGCAUGAAGAAGUUCGACCACGACUUUCAUCGUAUAAAUGGGAAAAUAUCAAAACGAAUUUAGAUCGAUUUCGCGAGUAUCAUGAAAUUUACUUUCAAAUAUUAAAUGGUGAUGCAAGCAAAAAACAAAAACAACGUACUCAAGAGCUUGAAAAAAAUAUUGAUGUAUUUAAUUUACUCUAUCUUCGUCGAAUUGUAGAAAUCGAAUUUAAAAAGAGGAAGGCUGAACACAAAGAACAAUCUUGGUGGGAUAAAGUGGCUAGUUUUUGGAGUGGUGAUUCGAAUCAGGAGAAUCCAGAAUUCAAUGUUGGCAGUGCAACGGCAGCUGAUGAAAAGAAGAAAUUGUAUGACGCCAUUGGCUAUGCCGACAAUAAUACAAAAUCAAAUUAUCCAGAAGAAUAUGUUGAUAUUGAUCUAUCCGUUCGAUUGAAUAUGCUCGAACUUAAUGUUUGGUCGAAUAUCAAUGAAACCGAUACGCAAUUUAAAGUCAUUACUUGUGCUGCUAUACCUGAUGCCGGUUUGAUAUUCAAACGUCGUCCGGCCAAACCAGCUUUUCUAUUUGUUGUUGAUUUGAGCUCAUUUCAAGUAUUUGGCAUUGAUGAAAAUGUUCUUCAAACAGAAAUGUUAAAUGACAAUCGUCCAGUUCUUGCUCAAAAUCGAGCACAAUUAGAACAGAAAAGUUUCUUACAUAUCGAAUAUGAAACUAACCCAUUGAAUAAACCAUCUGACAAUCGUAUACAAGUCAUAUCACAAUCACUCGAAAUGAUUUACGAUGCGUUCACUAUCAACAAACUUGUUGAAUGUUUUCAACCUGAUCGAAAACGUGAUUUGCAAGGCAUCAAAGAAAUUGCUUAUUCAACAUUCAAUGAUAUCAAAUAUCGUUCACAUUUCCUCUUUAAUCAUUAUCUGAAAAAUAUUCAAUCAUCAGACAUUGAUAUUGAUCUUUCAUCGUUCUAUUUUCUCUUGCCUGAAAAUGGUGUCUAUCGACGUGGUUGUCCAGUACUUUGCUUUGAUUUUGGUCAUUUUACAUUUAAAGGUAGUCCUAGUUAUACUGACCAAGAUGCAGAAAUAGGAAAAACAACUGAAGAUGUUCCAAGUACUGAUGAUGUUCCUCAAUCACCGUACUUUCCAUUAAAACUUCGCUUGGAGAACAUCCAAUUACUCUAUGCCAAUCAGAACGAUGAUUGGUAUAAUGCUCGUAUUCAACGAGAUUCUCCAAUGCAUUUGAUCAAACCAAUUACAAUCCGUGUGGAUAUAGACAAGUGUAUCUACUCCGACAAUCCUGUUUUACCAGCUUGGAAAAUCGGUGCACACAUUUCAACUAUCGAUGGUCGCGUGUCUGAUGCACGUAUUUUUGGUAUUAACAAAAUUAUUCAAUCUAUUCCAUUUCCUGAAUUGAAAGAAGAAGAAGAAGUUGAAACUGAAAUACUUGUCGAGUCAAAAACCUUCGAAGUCGCUGUACCUCAUCGAGAUACACAGAAAACUUUGGAAGCCGUAGAAAAUACGACACCAGUACAGAAUAUUUUGCAGGAAGCGAGUAGUGCUGAAGAAGAAGGACAAACGAACGACCAAACACAAGAAAAGAACAUCGAAUCACAAGAUCAAGUGAUUGAACUCGAAGCUACUUUCGAACUUCCACGAAUUGAUUUGCUCAUCGAAGAAUCUGUACCGGAUGGAUCUCAUGAUACUCAUCCAUUUGUUCGAAUUUCAAUCUUAUUAAUUGCUGCUCGAGCAACAAUGAAAACAUACGACAUCAAUUUCGAUGCUUCUCUAGCCGAUUUAAGCAUUGUUCAUGAACAAUUUAUUACUAGUGAUAACGAACGACUUCGUUUAAUCGCUAUUGAACGUUAUCCUGAUCGAGAAGAUGCUCCAUGGAUUAAUAUCCAUGGUUUACUCACAUCACCAGUCAAUCCUUUAUUUACCUCAACUCCUUACAAUAGCCUUGAAAAUCAAGUACGUGUCCACAUCGGUAAACCUGUGCUGAUACUCCAGUUAGAAGCACUUUCAUCUAUUGUGCAAUUUAAAAAUGAUCUUAUGGAAAAAAUAUGCCGAGAGCAACAUCAUGUAUCUACUAAAAGAUCAGUCAACAAACGAACUGCACCGAAACAGGUGGUCAAACAGGAUCCAUCAUCAUCAUCAAUGCCAACAUUUCAAUUCGAGGCGAAUCUCGAUGGAUUACGUGCAAUCAUUGGAUCUGAACAUUCUCAAAUUCUUGAUAUCCAAAUCCAAGGACUUCAUGCUUAUGUAUUGAAUUCGAUCGAAAAAACUAUGGCUAAUUUGUUUUUCACUAGUUUCUAUGUCGUUGAUCCAAAUCCGAAAGCACGUUUCCAUAAGAUUAUCUCUCAACUAGGUAAUGAGAAACAAUUGUUACGUUUCGAUUUCUGUCUAUUCAAUUAUCCGAAAAAAUAUGAAAAAACUCUUGAUGAUAUUGAUUGUGAUAUUAAACUUCAAUUGACCAAAAUGAAUCUGAUCCUUCUCUACAAGCAUAUAGAUCUCAUUUUAAAUAUGAUCAAUAUGUUCCAAACAAAAAGUAUUGAACAGAAAGUUCCUUCGAAUCAGACUGAAACAAGUACAAUCUCCGAAACGAUGGCAAAAUUCCAAGAACAAGCACGCAAACUUCGUCUCGAUGUUGUACUCAAUGCUCCAUCGAUAUUCAUUCCAAUUAGUUCCUAUUCGAAUGAAGGAUUAUUUAUUGAUUUAGGUCAAUUAACUAUUCGAACACAGGUUAUUGAUGAUUCAUUUAUCGAAGAACAAGUGAUAACUAUGAAUAAUUUACUGAUUAGUCGAGUUAAACUGAGUAAAACCAAUGAAAUUCUUGGUGAUAUUAGUCUACUCGAAUGUGUUGAACUUAGUAUUUUAAUCGAUCGUCUUUUACAUCCGGACAAAGCUCCACAUCAAUCACAAAUUUCGAUUAAAGCUUAUUGGGAUACGAUUCAAUUUAUCCUAGCUAAAAAUGAUUAUGCAUGUGUAAUGAAAAUAUUAAAGGAGAAUUUUUCGGAGAAGAUUUAUCAUAAGAUUCCGAAACCUGCUAUUCAAGAUCAGUCGGAAUUCAAACAAACCAAUCAAGAGAAAGUUAUUGUGACAAAUAAAAAGUCCGAUCAGAAAAUCAUCCAACAAAUUCGUUUCGAUGCUCAAAUUAAGAAAAUUGCUUUAACACUCUAUCUUGGCAAUUACAAUAUCAGAGAUCGACAUACAUUACGGAAUGAAAAUUUGAUAUUCGUCGAUUUAAGACUUGAAAUGCUCAAAGGUCACUUUCGUCAAUUAUCCGAUUCAAGUUACAGUGGUAAAGUACAGAUUCAAGAACUUUUAUUAGACGAUCGACGUGAAACAGAUUGCGUAACUCGUCUGAUUGAUCGAGGCUUUAAGAUCGAUCCGAAGGUACCAAUGUUCGCUGUUAAUUUCGAAUUCAAACCGAAGAAUGAACAACGUUCGAUGGGCGUUCGACAAGAUAAUGACGAGAAGCAGGAAAUGAUGGAACAAACGGAUAUUUUGGAAGUAACUACUGGUACUCCUUCACAAAAGAAACCUGCUAUUGAAGAAGCACAGAAACAGAAAGAAAAAGAAGAGCAAACGCAAACGCAGAAUAUUCGUUCUCAAGAAUUGAUUGUCAAUUUGAAUAUAAUCGAAGUUAAACUUGAACUUGGUACAGGUUCAGUGACAAAACCAGUUAUUGCUCUAUGUCUUUCAGAUCUGUUUGUCGACGUGAAACAUUGGUCUAGUAAUAUAAGUAUUUCUUCGAAAAUUCAUGUUGAAUUAGCCUUAUUUAAUGAUAAUUUACUUGCGUGGGAACCAUUGAUUGAACCAGUGAUCAAUGAAAGUGGUGAUGUAGUCUGUCCAUGGUGUAUUACAUGUUCAACUUCAAGUUAUGAAGACGAAGAAGAAGAAAAUAGCGAAGAGUCUCGAUUCUUGCUCGAUGAUCCGAAAUCAUCAUCAGAUAGUGAUCAACAACAAAAAGAGGAGAAAAAGAGUUUGGAUGCUAAACAAGCAAUUUCUAUUCGAGCUGAUCAUUUGCUUAACAUAACUGUGACAAAAACGAUGUUUAGUCUUACUCAACGUCUAUCUAAAAUGUUCGAAGAAGCUUAUAAUCAAGAUUUAUCCUCGAAUGAAGAUGAUAAUGAUAAAUCAAUGUUAUCAAUACAUAAUAUGACAGGAGGUGAUGUUGAUAUUGAUCAUAUCACUGGUAUUCAGUUUCUCGAAGAUAGUCAAUUAAAGACACCACUUCAUCUCAAAUAUCAUGAUUCAAUUCCAUUGACAGUUCCUGAUGAACGAUUAUCAGCGACACGGAUUCCAGCUAUAUCCGAACAAAUAGCCAAUCGAAGACAAGAAUUUUCUGUUAAAAUUGAUGAUGAAGUAAAAACAGUAGAUGUUAAUCAAACAUGGCGACGAGUAUUUGACUUUGGUCCAUCACGUAUACCGAAUUGGCCUGUUCAAUUGCUUUGUGAUUCUCAAUUAUAUAACUUUCGUCGACGAAUUGUCCUCAGUUCAAUUAUUAAAGUAUUCAACAGAGCGACUAUGCCAGUAAUGAUUUUAGAUAUCGAUUCAGUAGAAAUGGGAAGAGUUCAUGAAGUCGCUCGUAUUGAUGCCGGUGGAGAACUUUAUCUUCCAUUGAAUCUUCUCUAUGUUCGCACUAGUCCACGUCUAUUUAUUAGUAUUGAUGAUGCGAACUUGACGGAUCAAGGUCGAGAUUUUAUUUCAUUCGACUGGUCAAUCGAGUCUUCUGCUGAUCGUGUAUUAAAAACGAAUAAUGGCAAAGAAGCUCAUUUUGUUUUUUACAAAGAAUCAAAAGAGGCUUACUCGGAAAGUACAGAUGAACCUAUUCGAACUUCAUUUCAUAUCUACGUCAAAUUAGCUCUUCAUAUUAUUAAUUUAUUAUCACUCGAUGUUCAAUGUUGGAUUGAUACUGUUGAACAAGUCGAUUUGAAACCAAGCCAUUUGUAUCAUAGUGUUUCAGGUGGCAAAAAAUCUGUACUGAAAUUUGUGAUUCCAUGCUAUAAUGAUGCGACAUGGAUUUCGUCACCAGUGGAUUUAGACAGCAAAAGUGAUAGUAGUCACAAUGAUCAUGUCGUCAUAUUUGAUAAUGCUACCACGCAAGAAACAUUAAAAUUACUCUUGCGUGUGGAUACCUAUCGACAAUCGUAUCGUGUCUCGCUGUAUUCUCCAUUUUGGAUUAUCAAUUGUACUGAUAUGAAAUUUGAAUUGAAGAUCGAAAACGAAAAAACAUUGAUCGAAGCUGUCGAACCAGCAUUUUUUGUUUGUCCAAAACAUUUUGAUAGUAACAAGAAGAAAAAAGGUCAUAUACGUCUGUUCAGUAUGGAACAAGAUGAGACAUUAUCCGAAUGGUCCGAAGGCUUUUCAUUGGAUGUUAUCAAAACCACUGGAGUGGCUAGUUGUAAAGUAGCCAAUGAUCGAACUUAUAUGGUCGCUAUUGAUAUCGUAACAACUUCAUUUGGUAUGACAAAAAUUCUAACACUCGCUCCAUCGACAGUUGUCAUCAAUAAAUCAACUAUCGAAGUUGAAGUUACUGAAGCACAAUCAGUAAGAGAAGAAGAACACUGGAGAUCGAUCAAACCUGAAGGAAUUAUUCCAUUUUGGCCACGUGAUAUCGAACGAGGUCUCAUGCGUGUUCGUUAUUCACAUAAUUGUCUCUCUUCAAUUGUAUUUCGAUUCAAUGAUAAACAUCGAGCAUUAUUGCAUAUGGAUGAUGAAGAGCGUCCUGCACUUCAAGUUGAUGUUGUUGCCACCGAUUAUGAUGGAUUUCGUAUUGUUUUUGGCGAUUACAAGACUGGUGAUUCGCCUGUUCUUUUGAUCAAUUGUUUAAAAAGACGAUCCAUUGUAUUCUGUCAAGUCGAGGAUAUUCGAACACAAAUUUUACCACCACGACAUUAUGUCUAUUACACAUGGAUCGAUCCAUUGAAACCACAACAAUUGCUCGUUUCAUCUAAUAGUCCAAGUGCAACGAUCGAACUGAACCCACUCUGUGGUCGUCUGGAAACUAAUGAUCAACAAAUUGUGUAUUAUGCAACAUUCCAAGAUGGUCCUCAAACAGUCUUAAUCUUUACUGAAGAGAUAAAUCUUAUUGAAACAGUGACAAGUAUGCCAACAUUAGGUGAAAAGAUGAAUCAACAUAUACAAAUUGGUAUUUGUGAUAUUGGCAUUUCAGUCAUUGAUGAUAUCGCUCGAAAUGAUUUGUUUUAUAUUAGUAUAAGUAAAUCGAAAGAAAUCUGGACAGAAACACGAAAACACCUUGUGAAACCACUUUCACGCGAGCUCAAUCACAAUUUGGAUGAACAUUACAAAUCAUAUAUCAAACAUUUCAAUGAUGAUCCGAACAAUCAAGAAAUUACAAAGAAGAAAUAUCGUAUUGAUAACAAUCAUAAUGUUUCAUUCGAUGAGGAUACAGCUGAAUUGAGUGAUCAUCAAGGUCAUCGAAUAUAUGUUCACCGACAAACAAUGGAUGGACUUUGGAUUGGUUUUGCUUGGUCAACGAGUAAUCAAGCAUUGCAUGUACGCAUUAAUCGUAUACAAAUUGAUAAUGAACAUGAAUUCACUCUAUUUCCUGUUGUUCUUCAUCCAAUUGUUGCCAAAGCAUCAGGCACUGAUAUACCUGGAAAACCAUUCAUUGAAAUGAGUCUAUUCAAAACAGCACAAGCACGAGCAAAUACACAACAUAUCAAAUAUCUGAAAUUACUUGUACAAGAAUUCGAUUUUUGUGCUGAUCAAACAUUGAUCAUGUCGAUUCUUCACUUCGUCAAACAGGAAAAGGAUGCAGGAGCACCAACGAUUAAUAUGGAUUCCGAUCUGAAACGUAUUCAUAAACCACUUCGAGCUAUUACUGAAGCUCAAUCCAAUAGUCUACCAUCAGAACCAAAAAUAUUCUUUGACAAUUUGCAUUUAUCUCCACUUAAGCUUCACGUCAGCUUUUCAAUGCACGGCUUCGGCACAAAUGAGCAAUUAUUGGCCGAAUAUCCAUUGGUCGAUUUCUUGCUGCAAACAUUAAAUGUAGCAGAAGUGCAAGAUGUCAUUUUAAAAUUGAACUAUUAUGAACGAAAAAGUGAGCUAUUUACUAUAGCAAAAUUGGCUGAAGAAGUUCAGAAUCAUUUUCAAAAUCAAUUAAUGAGACAACUUCAUGUUGUCGUUCUCGGUCUUGAUGUUCUUGGAAAUCCAUUUGGUGUUAUGCGUGGAGUUGCCGAAGGUGUUGAAUCCUUCUUCUACGAACCGUACAAGGGUGCAAUGGAAGGUCCAAUAGAAUUCAUCGAAGGUAUAGCAUUAGGUACUCAACAUUUAGUUGCUUCUGCUGUUGGUGGUGCUGCUGGUGCUAUUUCAAAGAUAACCGGUGUAGCAAGCAAAGGUUUAGCAACGUUAACAUUCGAUCAAGACUACCAAAAUGCUCGUAUCGCUCGUAAAGAAGUGGCUGGACAUUCAAUAUCUGAUGUCAUUCUAAGUGGUAAAAAUGUUGGCAUGGAUGUUGUCCACGGUGUGACCGGUGUAGUAAAGAAACCAGUAGCUGGUGCGAAAAAACGAGGCACAAGAGGCUUUGUCAAAGGUUUAGGUAAAGGUUUUCUCGGUCUUGUUGCACGACCGACAAGUGGUGUUGCUGAUUUUACUAGUACAUCAUUUGAUGUGAUCAAACGAGCUGCUGUACAUGAAGAAGUUGUUCAUCGUGUUCGAUCCCCACGACAUGUUGGUCGAGAUGGUAUUAUUCGACCUUCUAGUGCUCAUGAAAUUAGAGGAUUAUAUAUUUUCGAUAGAAUCAAUGAUGAAAAGCACGGUCAAUCAAACAGUUAUAUUGCUCAUAUUGAUUGUACUGAAGAUUCGUCGACUAUCCUUUUGGCUGGUUUCAAUGAAUUUUCUAGACGAUUGUUAAUAUUAACUGGAAAAUCUGGCUCGUCGAAUGUCUAUGAAAUUGAAUGGGAUUGUCAUUACAGAGACUUGAAGGGACCACCUGUUGUUAACUUCGAACCAAACGAAAUUCAAAUUCAUUUAAAAGAACCAAAACUACUUGGAUUAAUUAAAAAAGAUCGACCGCAUGACAUGUCGGUCUCCUAUCAAAAUACAGGCGAAGCUCGAUAUAUCGUCGAUAAAAUCACCCAAAUUAUGCGUGCUAUGGAACUUUGA